AUCAUAGUGAAUAUUUCAAUAUCAGACAUUUGGCAGUUGCUGAAGUGUAAGGUCGGCCAUCUAACCAGAUUGCAACGAUAAUGAAGACAUUCAGUGCCAUAUGCUGCCUGUUGCCCACUUUGCUGAUGGCGUCCGCGGCGGCUAACCCAGAUGAGAAGUUGUACCAAUUGAAGUUCCGACUGACUCCAACAGUAGGCAGGAACCAAGCGCAGGACAUUGGCACCAUCAAAACACUUCUUAAUGAUAUCCCUGGCAUUGACGUCCUUCAUCUUUUUUAAGGAGCUAGCCAAUCCCUACAUCCUUGCAGUUGUGGACGUGGAAGAUGACUGCCGGUGGCCGGCACUGACCGAUGUACUGUUCAGUAUGGAUGACCAGUUCUCAGCUGUACCACUCUAUGGCUGUGACAACUUUGCCAAGGAACUGGGUGUGGAGCUGACCGGUUUGACCAGAAACUUCGGAAACGGGACGCUGCACGUCACAGAGAUGCUUUUCUACCAAGCCGGGCACACGACUGAUGAAUACAUGGACAUCCUGAAGGAUCUGCUCACCACAACAAACAACGUGAUUGGAAAUAACAUUGCAAAGAUGACGUGUUUCAGAGUGCUGUCCGACGUGCCAAUCAGGAUGAUCUAUUUGAGCAACGUUCAUCCAUCUCAAAACGAAAUGUUGAUAAAACAGUUCAAGGUAGCAGAAAGAGCACAGGUCACCGUCAGAGCCUACGACAACCUGAAUGAUUACGUUUGCUAGAAAUAUGAAAUAUGUAGACCGUAAAUAGCCCAGAGACACAAUACACGCGUUUCGUUUACAGCUAUUUUAAUAUUUGCUUUGCACCACUAUUAAACAUAAUAAUGUAAAACACAAUUUAUCAACACGAAAUAAAUAAAGAGAAUUUUAUA